AUGUAUUUACAUUUUUAUCCUGAUAGCACUGCACUAUCUAUCAUCAACGGCCACAAUGCUUUACAGACAAGCAGCUAUAAACAUGCAAUAGGAGAGUAUGUGAGGGCAUACCAUCACGAUCCGUCAAACCCUUUCCUACCCCUUUGUAUUGGUGUGAGUUUAUUUGCAUUGGCUGCACAGAGAUUCACAGUUAAUAAAGACUCUAUCAUAACACAGGGGUAUGCAUGCUUUCGGUCAUACCAGAAGCUGAGGGGAGACACACAAGAAACCAAUUACAAUAUCGGAAGAGCACUGCAACAAGUCGCUAUCGAUCACCUUGCGGUGCACUACUACCACAAGGCUCUUGGUCUGCCUCCUAUCAUUCCUUACGAUGAUAGAUUUGACCUUCGACCUCAGAUAGCCUUCAACCUCUCCCUCAUCUACAGGGCCAAUGGAAACACGGAAAUGGCCCUGGAACUACUCCAGACUUACUGUGUCAUAUGAGCAAGUUUCUUGAAGAGGAAAGAGGCUCAGAUCUCAGAGAUUGACCAUAUCAACAAGGAUGAUGGCAGCUUUAUAAUGGCUCUGAAGUUACAGCAGACCUACUUUGUUACAUGAGCAAGGUCAUGUCAAUGCUCUUUAUGAGGAAAAAAGCUCAGAAUCUGAUGACGCCGUCCACAAGACCGAUGGGAACACUGAAAUGGCCCUGGAACUG